AUGUGGGCAUCAUACCGGCAAUGUUCUGCUCCAUUCUGGCAGUGGGCGCCGGCACCUAUUCCUCCGCUGACAGUGCUUCUGUCGGCCUUGGUGCUGCUUUUCGUGAUCACACUGGUGGUUGCAAUCGCCUGCCACUGGGUGCGCCGCUCCAGGGCGACAGUGGUUAACGCCCAAGCUUCGUUGAUGGAAGAGGGCCGCGCACGCGAGGUCGCAGAACUUGUGGCGGCUGUGCACCAGACGCAACAGAUGCUGCGAGACACCCGUGGCUACAUCCAGGAGGUGGAGACAACGGCCGCAGCAGUGCAACGUCGACUGAACCUGGAG